CAAAAUCACGUUAGACUAAAUAAAGCCACAUCAAGCGAUGGCUCUGUACCUGCUGUUGGUACUUUUCUCGACAAUUUCGCAGGAUUUCACUUUAGCGUUUCCAGGAGAUGUAAGCUAUAAUUGUGGAGAUGGGGAAGAGUAUCUUAUGUGUGGAUCGCCAUGUGAACCAAAAUGUAGCACACGCUAUUCACAAACUGACACUUGUUCAGAGCCUUGUCGACCUGGCUGCUAUUGCAGAGAUGGAUUAGUACGAUCUUCAGAUGGCUACUGUAUCUUGCCACAACAUUGCACAAGACCUCUGUGCAAUGAAAAUGAAGUUUACAGUGACUGUGGAUCAUCAUGUCCCACCAAUUGUACUAACUAUCAAGAAGUUUUCUGUACACAACGUUGCAGAAGAGGAUGUUCUUGCAAACCAGGCUUUGUUAGAGGACCAGAUGGGCGCUGCAUAGAUCCUUACGAUUGCCCUUUAACCUCUUGUGGACCAAACGAGGAAAUUGUAGACUGUGUAAAUCCAUGCAAUGAUUGCAAAUUACGAGGGCGAUGCUACUUCCAAGAUUGUAAAAAAGGUUGCGACUGCAUAGCAGGAUACCAUAGAAAUGAUCUAGGACAAUGCAUUCCUCUUGGGCUUUGCAAUAAAAUAGCAAAAUCAUGCCCAAUUAAUGAACAUUACGUGCAAUGUGUAAAUACUUGCAAUGAUUGUUGGAGUUAUGGUGAAUGUUCCCAAACAUACUGCAAUCCUGGAUGUGAUUGUAAACCAGGCUACUUCAGAAAUCAAUAUAAUGACUGCGUUCCUGAGUAUCAGUGCCCAAUAAGUGCUGUCAACUGCAGGGAAAACGAAGAGUACACUCAAUGUGUUAAUCCUUGUAAUGACUGCGAGAACAAAGGGAAAUGUCAAUACUCUUGUGAAGCAGGAUGCGACUGUAAAAAGGGUUUCUACCGAGAUGAGUAUGACAUUUGUAAACAGCAUGAGGAAUAUUUACUAUGUGGAAGUGCUUGCCCUCAGACUUGCGAAAAUUAUCGUCAACGGAUAAUUUGUACACAGCAGUGCCUUAGAGGAUGUUUUUGCAAAGCUGGGUAUGUUAGAGCCUUAAAUGGAACUUGUGUGUUGCCAAGAGACUGCCCUAACCUGUCCAGAGGUGCCCUCUUCAUGAAGUAUAUUACAUAUGCAAACCACAAUGUCGAAAUACGUGUGAAACGUUUUAACUCUACAAGUGGUGCAUGUCCAAAUGUGUGUGUCAGUGGAUGCUUUUGCCAGAAUGGAUAUGUAAAGAGAAAAGAUGGACUAUGUGUUCGACCAAAUGAGUGCCCAUUAAGAAACACAUCAAUCUGCCCUCUCAGAGAAGUGCCAUACGAGUGCAUCCCAACAUGUCGCACAUCUUGUGAUACCUUAAGUGAAACUGAUGCUGUUUGCACACGAGAAUGUCGUGCUGGUUGCUUUUGCUCAUACAAUGAAGUUAGAAAUGCUAGUGGAAGCUGCAUUCCAAUUCGUGACUGUCCUCCAAGAUUAUCUUCAAACAGCAGUAAUGCGUCUAUUCAGUUUCGCCGUAAGAACACUGAUGGUGAAGACAAUGAAACUACAUCUCAUCCCAGCACAACUCUCAACACUGAAAAGCAGUCAACAGGGAUCCCAUUCAGUUCAAAAGCACCUAAUCCCACUUCCAUAGCAGGAAUUAGCUCAGCGGAUUCACUAGUUACAACAAAUCAAGUGCUACUAUCAACAGAGCAGGGAUCGACAAAACCUUUAACAACAGUUGCACCAGAAAGCAUUCUCACUACUGGAAAAAAAGAGGAAACAUUGUCAACGAAACUUGCUGGAGGAAGUUCUAUUCCUGCACUAUUAACUACACUUUUGACAACAAAAACAGAUACCAGUACAGAACCAAUAGGGACAACAAAGGAAGAAUCUAAUAGUAGUAUUAAUACAAAAAAAGAUGACACAGUUUUAUCUUCUACAGAAAAAACUCCAUGUCAUGACUUAACAACAAAAAGUUUAAGCACUGUGGCAGGAAUAACAAUGGAAAAUGUCACAACUGGUACUGAAGGAAAAACUACACCACCUGUCAGUGAUCCUCUCCCAACUGGAACAACAGAGAACUUAACUACAAUUUAAUUUAAAAUUUUAAGAAUAUUAAAAUGAAAAUUAAGAAAAAGCAAAUUGGUUUCGUUAUUUUGGCAUAAAUAUGAAUUGAGUUAAAAAAAUAAAGACAAACAAUGAAAUAAAGAGACAUUUUGC